UUUUCCUUUCUCCUUUUCUUCCUUUUUCUACUCUCAGGUUUUCCGUUACACACUCGAUUCCUUCAACCACUAUUUUUACUUUAGAAUCGCUUUUUUUCUUUCCGCUUUUCUUCAUAAUCGCGUUUCUGCUGUUUCUAGAAGGCCAGUGUUCGAUUCUGGAUGCAUAUUGUAAGAUAGAGAUGGAUCAUGUAAAUUUUGCUGUGAAAAAUUAGUGAGGAUAAUAAUGUUUUCUGAAAGAUUGGGGGUAGAAGAAUCUCGUUUACAAGAAGAUUUUCACGGUUUGAGUGUGUCAAAGCGUCUUGUGAGGAGUGUUAGCCAGAAAUUGAGGAAGAAGAAUAAUAAUAACAGAAGUUUAGGGGAAGAUGAAGAUGAUAAUGAUGAUGAUGAUGUUAAUGGUGUUUCUUUGAAAUGUUUGUCGCUAUAUGGUCGGGGUGGGGGUUGUAAGGUUGGUGCUGAUACUAGUGAUGAAUUAGGGGAUUCGAGUGCGAGAAGGAGAUCUAGUUCGAGUGAAGAAGGGAAGGGGUAUAAACCGGUUUGUGCUUACCAGGAUACUGCUGUUGUAGAUUGUUUCUCGUAUGGGGUGAGGGAUAGGUUUUGGAGGAGGCAUCAUAGAAAGAAUUCUGAAUUUGAUGAGGUGGUGACGAAUAGUAAUAAAAUGCAUGUUUUUCUUCCGGAUGAUAUUCUUGAAAUGUGUUUGAUGAGGCUUCCGUUGAGAAGUUUGAUGAAUGCUAGACUUGUUUGCAAAAAAUGGAGGUCGUUGACUACUACACCGAGAUUCCUUCAAAUGAGAAGGGAAGGUUUGUAUCAAAGUCCAUGGUUGUUUAUGUUUGGUUCUGUUAAAGAUGGAUUUUGUUCGGGGGAGAUACACGCGUUGGAUGUGUCUCAGAACCAAUGGCAUAGGAUUGAUGCUGGUUUUCUCAGAGGAAGGUUCUUAUUCUCUGUUGCUAGUGUACAAGAUGAUAUCUUCAUUGUUGGAGGAUGUUCUAGCUUAACUAACUUUGGGAAAGUGGAUAGGAGUUCAUUCAAGACGCACCGAGGGGUGCUUUCGUUUAGCCCCUUGACGAAAUCUUGGCGUAAAAUGCCGUCUAUGAAAUAUGCUAGAUCAAUUCCCAUACUUGGAGUCUUUGAGGUCAGUUUGGAUUUUUCAAGUUCUCAAAGUCAUCAAAGUCGGCAAGACAAACGUUUUCCAAGAUCAAGGAUUGGUGGGGUUUCAGACGUCUAUGAGGAUCCUCAUAAGCUUUCUAUGAGACGUCAUUGCAGAUCUACCUUUAACGAGACUGAAGCUUCAUCUUUGCAUAGUAGAAAGACACACAAGUUCCUGAGACAAAUAAGCGACCUUUCAAGCUCAAAGAGUAGUAGAAGAUUUUUGUUGAUAGCUGUAGGGGGUCUGGGAUCUUGGGAUGAACCCCUGGACUCUGGAGAAAUAUAUGAUUCUGCAUCCAAUAAAUGGACUGAAAUCCCAAGAUUGCCUUUUGAUUUUGGGGUUGCUUGUUCCGGAGUUGUAUGUGGCAAGAUGUUUUAUGUUUAUUCUGAAACGGACAAGCUUGCAGCAUAUGACAUAGAACGAGGUUUCUGGAUUGCAAUUCAAGCCACUCCGUUCCCACCUCGUGUCCAUGAGUACUACCCCAAACUUGUAUCUUCAAAUGGCCAUCUAUUCAUGCUUUCCGUCUCUUGGUGUGAAGGUGAUGGUCAAAUUGGGCGGCGAAACAAGGCUGUAAGAAAACUAUGGGAGUUAGAUCUCACGUAUCUUGCCUGGACUGAAGUCUCAGUGCAUCCUGAUGCCCCGAUGGACUGGAAUGCUGUAUUUGUGGCAGACAAAAACUUGAUUUUUGGAGUAGAAAUGUUCAAAAUUUUCGGCCAGGUGUUGGAUUUUUUCACCGUAUGUGAUGUGUCUGAUUUGACAAACUGGAACCAUAUUUCAAGGAAUCAUGUCACUCAUGAGCUCGAUGGUUCAUCGUGCGUGACCAAAUCUGUGGCAGUGCUGCACCUUUGAACUUCUAUGUGCAGGUAUGCCGUUCAAGAGAAUAUCAAAUAUUCAAUGUACGAUAUUUUGAGAUGCAACAUGACUGGUAAGCCCUGCUUUGUAUUUGCUGCAUAUAAUUGUAUAAGGGCUAGUCUUCUAAACUCUUGCAGUUGUAUUUUUCUGUGUACUGUUUAAUUAUUCAUUUUACAUCAAUCAUAAAGUUCAAUGUCAUCCUGACUUUGUACUUGUAUUUUUCAUGCUAUCUAGCCAUCGAGUUUCUGGAA